UAACUCUGCCUCUGCGCCCGGUUUUUUUUAGUUCACACUACUGUACUUGGUAGCUCCACCGAAGAGGUGUGCGGUCUUGCUGCAUCGGUAGUACGAGUGGAGCAGAGUUACCGUUGCCAGGAAAACUGAAGAUUUGAUGCUCUGCAUUUCCACUACCGGGUCGAGUCUGGCCCGAGGAACGGCGCAGAGCUAAUGACCUACCUACAAAGUACCUGGGAGGCUGGUUCGGUGCGCAAACGCUGAUGGAAAUAGACGCUGCUUUCGCCUAGUGAGUGUAAUUUCGGCCUGACUCGUGUGCGCUCGAUGUAUCAUCAAAGAUUCAAAGCAACAGAAUACCGCAAUUAUUUUCCUUCGACUGGCUUUGCCGCGAGGCUGCACAGUGUAAAUCUACCCGGUAGAUGGGCAGAAACUGAGAAAGUAAAAACUGCCUACAGUACAGGUACAAGUUACUAGGUAGUUUACUGUUGCAAAUGCAGGAAGUCAACUGUGGACGUGCAGGACGAAGGAGAUUGCUCUAGCCUUCUUAUCUAGGCUCAGUUCAGUUUCGCGGGCUUGCUGCGCGACGAAUAACAGCUGAUCCGGUUUGCAAGAUGGCGGAUUUUAGAGUUGCCGGGCAAUCGGUGGUCGACACCAGAGCAGAGGAGAGCAAUGGAACACCAGCUGACAUGCUGACACGAACCAAGGAAAAGAAUGCAGUGACGAUACCCACGAAGAGCACGGAGAAGCACGCGCCACCGAAGCCCGCCACUAGAAGUGGCAAUGCGAUGCCUGCAAGCCGUACUGCCCGUGCAAAAGCGACGUCAAGCACCAGUGCGGUCGAGGAAAGCGGCGAGAAGAAGCAGCAAGCUGACGGUGGCGAUUCAGCGGUGAUGUCAUCAAAACGCUGGCCGUUACUAGUGGGCGAGGGCAACUUGUGGCAAGGUGAGUGCGACUCCUUGUCCAGCGCAAGCAGCAGUCCACGCAGCUCAGGCACCUUGUCCCGCGCCAGCUCACCCGACCUCGUGGCAUCCCCGGUGACGCUAGAACAGCGCACGCUUCUGUCAUCCUCACCGUCCGUAACAAGCUGGGAAUAUUCAUCAGAGUCUGACCGGUCCGUAACAUCAUCACCUACGUUCAUCAUUGCCACCACUGGAUCAAAGUCAAGAGCACCUAAAAAGUCAAGAGUUUCAGCAAACGUGAAGUCCCAGCGACCUCCACCGAGGCGAGUGAGCAGAUUGAGUGCUGCAUCAAUGCUUGAUGCAACGGGAAUGGCAGUUAACAAUUUUCAGUUCACGGAUUCCGAAACUGAAUUCGUUCCGUCCCCGAACCCAAGGUUAUCGGCUGGAGGCACACGGCGGACGUUAUCUGACUGUAGCUAUGUAAGUGGCAAGCCGACAGAGGACGAUGAUAUGUAUUCAGAUGACGAUGGCUACACCACCUCCCGGGUGAACUUGAAAAGCAAAUCAAAACAGGCGGCAAAGAGACGGCUUGAGAGAGCCAAGGAUCAACAGAAGAAGAUGGGGAUCAAAAACAAAUCGAAACAGAAGGCAGCAUCUAAGAAGCUGGAGCAAGAGGAUCUCCUGGCGGUUCUGCCAUUCAAGUUGGCAUUCUAUCUUCUUGGUUUUCUUGACAUCCGUAGUAUUCGGGACUGUCUGCUGGUCAACCGAUUUUGGCACACGGUUGCCACGAGAGUACUUCUGAAUCGAAGGCGGAGAAAGCAUGUACCAGGAGUAACUGCCGUAAUCCGCAAUGGCAAGCCGGAAAUCAUCAACCCAAACUAUGCUAGGAUGCGCAAGCUAUAUCUUCCUCGAAAUCCCUGUUACUUCAUUCCUCGCGAGAUACAGGAACCGGAAGUGAAUUACAUCCAACCGUAUUCCAACGACUGCGUGCCCAAACGGAAGCUAAUCAACCUCGCCAAGCAUGUGGAUUUGUCAGGCAAGAGCAAGUGGGGCUAUACAUUGCACGAAGCCAACGCUUGUCUCAUGUCCUACGUUGUUCCUCAGGAGAAUCUAAUCAGAGUGGGUUUGCUGGCCAGAACAAAGAAAGGAAGCGAGCAAGUCUACCUAGAGGAGCAGCAUGUGUACUGUGGCAACUAUGAAGUUCACAGUAUAACAGAAGGCUCGGAGAGUACGUACCUGGCCCAGGGAAUCUCCGGAUGCGACAUCCUUGCCUUCACCGAAAGCGGACUCUACAUACGUUUCUAUGACCUGUCAGCCGGGCAGAUUGAGGUCAAUGGUGUCAUGAUCCUGGCCGUGGAGCAACAGGUUACGGGUAUGAAGAAAGUCGACAAUGUUUCGAAACGAAUUUGGUGCAAUGGUGGUCGCAUCCGUUGCCUAAGAAUCGAUCCCCGCUCUGAAAGUGUCUUCAUCGGGUCAUCAAACAAUGCAGUUUAUGAACGGAAAUUGAGGACGGGUGCAUUCCGGAAGAAGUUUACUGGGCAUGGUGCUCCCGUAACCAGUAUUGACGUUACGGAGAAACACCUUGUGUCCGGAUCACGAGAUCACUAUGUGAAAGUGUGGAACCGAAUCAGCACGGAAUGCUUGCACUCGUACCACCACUCACAUAUUGUCAAUGCUGUUAAGUUUUUAGAUGAGAGCAACGUGGUCAGUGGGACGGGUGAUGGCAAGGUCUUCCAUUGGUGUAUUGGACGUAAGAAGCCAGUGCGGAUCCUAUGGUCACACAAUGGACCCGUGAAUGCGUUGGCAACCGGUGAGAAGCUGUUUGCAAGUGGUGGCAAUCACUUCACCAUAGUUUGGAGCAAUGCGCACUCCUGCGAUGCACCUCUUGCUGUCUUGCAGAACCCGGUGCCUGUGACGUGUCUGGAGAUCACAUACCUGAAACUGCUUGCGGGUUCAGCUGACGGCAAGGUACGACUGUGGAACCUUGUCAGCGGUGACCUGCUGCGUGUGCUGCAUCAUUUCAGGGAGGGUGACUUGCCUGUCAAGAGCAUAUUUCUUGAUGGAAGAAGGGGGAUAUUCAUCUGCCGCAGUGAUGGAAUAUCACUUUUCAGAUUCCUUGAAGGCCAUGAGCCGCCUGACUACCUCUGUUCGGAGUUUGGCGGAACUUGGUCCAGUAGUCAUUCAGGAACACGUUAUUAUCCACCAGCCACUAAUGGACUAAAACAACCACCAUCCCGACAUGAAUCCAGGCCAAGCAGCCCCAAUCACACGUGGCCUUCUUGGGUGCACCACUUUCCCAUCAUGGACGCCUAUCGUAAGGAGCGAGAAGAGAAAUACGAGCAGCAGCGGCGUGAAGAAGAGAAGUGGCGUCUCAAGCGAAUCGCCAUACUGGAGGGCCCCGAGCGAGCGGAGCAAGAACGGCAGAAGCGCAGGCCACAGUGGAAUACACCUCCGCCGCCUGAAAAGCACAACCUGGAGAAACAGCGUGCACUCGUCACUCCUCUGAAUGCUAAGCACGUGGCAAAGAAGAGAGAGGAAGAAGCGAGAGAGAGGCGCCACAAGGAAUGGCUGGACUCGGUGACUGAGUUGACGGGAGUAUCGGUGGGGCCUCCACGCCCUGAGAUUCCCCCGCACAGUCACGCCCUGGCAAUAAAACUCAUGCAGAGGAGAAUGGCCCAGGAUGAGCAAACGGCAAAGGAGUUAAAGGAAAGCAGGCAGCGGAUUAAGGAGAUUUGCCGAAAGGCUGCGGCGAAAUCUGAAAACGAGCGAAUGAAAGUUCAGAGGGAGGCCUGGAGGAAGGCAAGAGCUGAGCGAGAGGCCGCACAGUCCCCCCACAGUGCAACAUCACAGAUCAGAGCCGGUGAACAUCGGAAAGCCGCACACGCGCAGUCAAGAUGUGGCUUGAGGGGGGCGAAGAAGUCCAACAUCGCCGCUGCCACAGAGGCACGUCUCCGGGAGAGGCCAACAACUACCAGUAGGCCCAGUCUGUACAGCAAAUCUCCACAGCGAAGACCGGCAACUAGCGGGCAACUUGUUCGGGACGACAAUGAAUGUCCCCGUCUCAGACGCUACAUGCAGCGCACUGGACCAGCCCGACCGGCAGUAACUGAACAUUCCGCGGCAAGAAGGACGGGAUGUCCGACACAGCCGUGCUUAUCCGGCACCAUGGCAGCACAAGCACAACAGAGGACGAAGCCGGCCAUGGUUCUUCCCAAGUCUUUGCCGAAGGGCCACCAAGUCACAAGUGGAUUGGCACCCACAACACAGCCCCUUGUAGUUGCCAAACGAGCAUCAUCGUCACAAGUACUCACUGGGCAGGCAGAGCAACCAAAGAAACAGAGGCGCUUACUAAAGAUAGAAGUCCGACCAGAAACACCGCCAAAGAAACCGCGAAAGCAGCGGGGCCUUUUCAAGCCGUUGCUACCGCGGAAGCUGAUAUUAUCGCCCUGAGGAGAUGGUCGUGUUGUGCCGGGAGUCACGGUUGGCACGCAUAUCGUACGGCAUGCCACCGUGUGCUAUAGCGGGGGACAGUCAUGAUUAGAGCCUGCACGUCAACUGACUACUGCGGUACUGUCCGGAGAAACCCUACCUCGGGUAAAAUAGCGCCGGGCGCUAUGCAGCAGCCCUGCAGCCCUGCAGCCCUGCAGCACAACAUGCCAGUACUCUGUUCAGUGUACAUGUACUCGAACGCGGCUCUAUCAUGAAUUGUUCAUGAGGUGGUAUUUCUUGGGCCAGAACUAUACUAGUCCAAUCAUCAGUGGUGGAGUGACCAGGUGAGCCAUGUCAGCGCGGCUCACAAUCAGCCUUGCGCGGGUGCCAGCUGCAUUUGCAAUACACGUCACCUAUACAUUUUUGUUGCCAACUUCAACUCCUCAGUUCCGAUGGCCUUUCGCGACCAGGUGAAUGGGGUUGCAAAUCUUAUUAGAACGCCCAUGUUCAUUUAUCUGGAUUUGGAAAGAUGUACUCAAACCCAAGAGAUUCCGCAGUACAUGUGCUUGAUAAUGCCGUGGUGGUCCACCUUAGCAAUCACGGACAGGUGGUCCACCUUAGCAACCACGGACACAGUCAUGUACAUACAUGCACUGUGGCACGUACUCAAGCGCGCCAUGAAACAAUGCAGUCAUUGCGUGUUCCGCCGGACUUUGCGGCACACAGUUCAGUAGUGACUUCAUCACUAAUGCCGGGAUGCCGCCACGUGGAGCUGCUACUCUCCCAUCAUGGCUAUGACAUCAUGGCGAUGACAUCAUGGCUAUGACAUCAUGGCUAUGACAUCAUGGCUUUUGUGGCAUUCACACGACACUCUGACUGGUCUCUCACUGUGUAUCACUGAUCCGCCAUGAUUGUAAUCACAGCUCAUCAAUUAUA